GUUCCCGGGUUUCAGUGUAGAGUAGAGCUUUUCGUCGUUUGUUUGUUUUAUGUGGCUGUUGUCGCAAUGCAAUUGUCCACGAUGAUGCAUUGGUGUUCUUUCCAUGUUGUGCGAGCUGCAGAGUAUGGUUUGUGUUUGUGCAUUUUGCUUAGUGAGUUGGGAAUUAUGAUGUACGAUUGUGCAUUCAAUUUGUUAACCAUGUGGAAGUAUCAGUCAAGAGUGGUCUAGUGUUGCCAAUGGCCAUUUCCCAAAUGUUAGAGUUUGCAUUAUGCAGUUUGUCUACGGUCAAAGUAGUUUAGCCAUCAUGGGUUUGAGCAAGAUUCGUCUGUUGCCACUUGCUGGUAAUUGCACGUGUAGUUUUCUCCUUCAACUUCGCAGUCCUAGUAUUUCUUGUUCCUUUUUAAAAGUUUCCAGUUACUGUUUAAUAGUCUGAAAGUCAUUGAGAAUGACUCUAGCUUCAUAUGUAUACUUUCUUGAUUUUUUGAACUUACAUUCUUCAUUCCCUUUUCCAUUUGGCUUUGGGGCUGUCCAAGUUUUUCUGUGCUAUGUGAUUGGGGAAGUUCAAGUAGUUGCCUGGUCUCAUAAAAACGCGAACGGGGAUUGAAAAGAUUUGGAAUUUGUCACUCCUGUUAUAAGGGAAAUGAGAUGAUUGUCUCAGUAACCGGAGCAACAGGCUUUAUUGGUAGGAGGCUAGUGCAGAGAUUGCGUGCAGACAAUCAUGAUGUGCAUGUUUUGACUCGUUCUAGAUCAAGAGCAGAGUUAAUAUUUCCGGUGAAAGAUUAUCCCGGACUAGUAAUCGCGGAGGAGCCAAAGUGGAGAGACUGCAUCCAAAAGUCAAAUGCUGUUGUCAAUCUUGCCGGAAUGCCAAUUAGUACAAGGUGGUCAUCUGAGAUCAAAAAAGAGAUAAAAGACAGCAGAAUUAGGGUUACCUCAAAGGUUGUAGAUUACAUAAAUGCAUCCCCAGGAGAAAAUCGGCCUACUGUUUUGGUCAGCGCAACUGCUGUUGGUUACUACGGCAGCAGUGAAACACGAGUGUUUGAUGAGCGUAGUCCAUCCGGAAAUGAUUACUUGGCUGAGGUCUGUAGAGAAUGGGAGGCAACAGCCCUCACAGUGAACAAGGAUGUCAGGGUUGCCCUUAUCCGUAUAGGUGUUGUUCUUGGUAAAGAUGGCGGUGCUUUAGCUAAAAUGGUCCCUCUCUUCAUGAUGUUCGCUGGUGGACCAUUGGGCUCUGGUCAACAAUGGUUUUCAUGGAUUCACGUGGAUGACUUAGUAAACCUGAUAUAUGAAGCUCUAAUCAAUCCUUCUUACAAAGGAGUUAUCAAUGGAACUGCGCCGAAUCCGGUACGCUUGGCAGAAUUGUGUCAACAGCUGGGGGAGGUAUUAGGCCGGCCCUCUUGGUUGCCUGUACCAGAUUUUGCCCUCAAAGCAGUGCUAGGAGAAGGUGCAUGUGUGGUUUUGGAUGGACAAAAGGUGGUCCCUGCUAAAGCCAGGGAACUGGGGUUCCCGUUCAAGUACCCCUAUGUGAAAGAUGCACUAAAAGCCAUCCUUCUAUGAUGGAGGAAAGCAUGAUGAGGAAUGGAGCAACAUUCGCAUUAUUCUUUAUUCUUUGAACUACACUGGUCUCAGUAAUGGUUUAGGAAUAGACCAAGUUCGCUUAUCCUAGGAUGACAUUGAGGCACUGGAUGUGACCUGGAUAUUAAGUAGCUUUACAUCUGUUAGCGAUGGCAUUUUGGGACUCCGCAAUCAACACGUUCCUUCAGUCCCCAAUUUCAGAUCAAA